CAGAGACUGCAGGCAUACUACAGGAGACAGUAAGAGACUGCAGACAUACUACAGCAGAUGGUCAGAAAAUGCAUACAUACUGCAGGAGUUGGUCAGAGAGUGCAGACAAACUACAGGAGACAAACAGAGACUGCAGAAAUUGUACAGAAGACAGUCAGAGACUGCAGACAUACUACAGAAGAUGGUCAGAGACUGCAGACAUACUACAGAAGAUGGUCAGAGAGUGCAGACAUACUACAGGAGACGGUCAGACACUGUGGACUUACUACAUGAGAUGAUCAGAGACUGCAGACAUACUACAGGAGACAGUCAGAGAGUGCAGACAAACU